UGCUCGCCUGCAGCCGAGGAGUCGCGCGGGGCGGGGUCGCAUGCGCGGGGUCGGGGGCGCGCGGGCCGAAGCGGACUAGGGACGCGGCGGCGGUUGGCGUUGGCUUCUGAGAGUCCAACCAGGACCGUGAGAGGCGGCGGAGGAGGCACCGCGGCACCGGCAGAGGCGGCGACAGCGGUUGAGGCGGCGGUCCAACGCGUGCUCUCUGGGCGGGGUGCGGCGGGCGAUGUGUCUGCCCAGGCCGGGCGGAGUCUCUCUGACAGGGCGGGGGAUGCGCGGCGGCCGCUCGCCCGGACCCUGAGGCGGCUGGGCCCACCCUCCCGGAACCGUCCGACUCUUGGGGGCCUCCGCCUCUGCUGUCUCCUCCGGUCUGACCCUGGGGCCGAGGCUGAGGCGGCUUCCGCCGAAGAGGAGGGGGCUGCCACCGCGGCGAAGCCCGAGUUCUUUUGCCACGAAAAUGGUUUGCACAGUCUUGAACACGUACUAUCCAUUCUGAUGGGACAGGAUCCAAUAUGAAUAUAAAUGAUGGAGGAAGACGACGCUUUGAGGAUAAUGAACAUACAUUACGUAUAUAUCCUGGGACAAUUUCAGAAGGGACAAUCUACUGUCCAAUUCCUGCCAGAAAAAACUCCACAGCUGCUGAGGUGAUUGAAUCUCUCAUAAACAGGCUUAAUCUUGACAAAACAAAAUGUUACGUACUAGCAGAAGUAAAGGAAUUUGGUGGAGAAGAAUGGAUACUCAAUCCAACAGACUGUCCAGUUCAGCGAAUGAUGUUGUGGCCCCGAAUGGCUCUGGAAAAUCGCCUGAGUGGAGAGGACUACCGCUUUCUUCUGAGAGAAAAAAACCUUGAUGGAUCAAUCCAUUAUGGUAGUCUUCAGUCAUGGCUCCGGGUAACAGAAGAACGUCGCAGGAUGAUGGAACGGGGUUUUCUUCCACAGCCUCAACAGAAAGACUUUGAUGAUUUAUGUAGUUUACCUGAUUUGAAUGAGAAAACUCUCUUAGAAAAUCUACGAUAUCGCUUUAAGCAUGAAAAAAUUUAUACGUAUGUUGGCAGUAUUCUAAUAGUUAUUAACCCAUUCAAGUUUCUUCCUAUUUAUAACCCCAAAUAUGUCAAAAUGUAUGAUAACCACCAACUGGGAAAACUUGAGCCGCACAUUUAUGCUGUGGCUGAUGUAGCUUAUCAUGCUAUGCUUCAGCGCAAAAAGAAUCAGUGUAUUGUGAUUUCUGGAGAGAGUGGUUCCGGGAAGACUCAAAGCACAAACUUUCUUAUUCAUCACCUUACUGCUCUCAGUCAGAAAGGAUUUGCCAGUGGUGUAGAACAGAUUAUUCUUGGAGCUGGACCAGUACUUGAGGCCUUUGGAAAUGCAAAGACAGCUCAUAAUAACAAUUCAAGCCGUUUUGGCAAGUUUAUUCAAGUAAAUUACCAAGAAACAGGCACUGUACUUGGUGCCUAUGUUGAAAAAUAUCUACUGGAGAAGUCCAGACUCGUUUAUCAAGAGCAUAAUGAACGGAACUAUCAUGUAUUCUAUUACCUCCUGGCAGGAGCAAGUGAAGAAGAGAGAUUAGCAUUCCAUCUUAAACAACCAGAAGAAUAUCAUUAUCUCAAUCAGAUAACAAAGAAACCCCUCAGACAGAGCUGGGAUGAUUAUUGCUAUGACUCUGAGCCGGAUUGCUUCACAGUGGAGGGGGAAGAUUUGAGGCAUGACUUUGAACGCUUACAACUGGCUAUGGAAAUGGUAGGAUUUCUUCCCAAGACACGAAGACAGAUUUUCUCUCUUCUCUCAGCAAUACUACAUUUGGGUAAUAUCUGUUAUAAAAAGAAGACAUACCGGGAUGACUCCAUAGAUAUCUGCAAUCCUGAAAUUCUGCCUAUUGUCUCAGAAUUAUUAGAAGUUAAAGAAGAGAUGCUAUGUGAAGCAUUAGUUACAAGGAAGACUGUGACAGUGGGAGAAAAGCUUAUUUUACCAUAUAAGCUGGCAGAGGCUGUGACAGUGAGGAACUCCAUGGCUAAGUCCUUAUAUAGUGCCUUGUUUGACUGGAUAGUUUUUCGGAUUAAUCAUGCACUUUUGAAUAGUAAAGAUUUGGAGCAAAAUAUCAAGACUUUGUCCAUUGGCGUUCUUGAUAUUUUUGGAUUUGAAGAUUAUGAAAAUAACAGCUUUGAACAGUUCUGUAUUAAUUUUGCUAAUGAACGUUUACAACACUACUUUAAUCAGCAUAUUUUUAAAUUGGAGCAAGAGGAAUAUAGAACUGAAGGUAUCAGCUGGCACAAUAUAGAUUAUAUUGAUAAUACUUGUUGCAUAAAUCUUAUUAGCAAGAAACCAACAGGACUGCUCCAUCUUUUAGAUGAAGAAAGCAACUUUCCACAGGCUACAAAUCAAACACUGCUAGAUAAAUUUAAGCAUCAACAUGAGGAGAACUCUUACAUUGAAUUUCCAGCUGUGAUGGAACCUGCUUUCAUCAUAAAGCAUUAUGCCGGGAAAGUAAAAUAUGGAGUAAAGGAUUUCCGGGAAAAAAAUACAGAUCAUAUGCGCCCUGACAUUGUAGCUCUUCUGAGAAGUAGCAAGAAUGCAUUUAUCUCUGGGAUGAUUGGAAUUGAUCCCGUAGCUGUUUUCCGAUGGGCAGUUCUCCGAGCUUUUUUCAGAGCCGUGGUUGCUUUCAGGGAAGCUGGGAAAAGACACAUUCAGAGAAAAACUGGACAUGAUGAUACAACGCCAUGUGCAAUUUUGAAAAGUAUGGAUAGUUUUAGCUUUCUCCAACACCCAGUCCACCAGAGGAGCUUAGAGAUUCUGCAGAGGUGCAAGGAAGAGAAGUACAGUAUAACCCGGAAAAAUCCCAGAACACCUCUUUCUGAUCUCCAGGGCAUGAAUACUCUAAAUGAAAAAAACCAACAUGAUGCAUUUGAUUUUUCCUGGAACGGCAGAACUGGGAUUCGCCAGAGCAGACUAUCAAGUAGCACCUCCUUGCUUGAUAAAGAUGGGAUAUUCUCUAAUUCAGCUAGCAGCAAACUCUUGGAGAGAGCCCAUGGAAUUCUCACGAGAAACAAAAACUUCAAAUCCAAACCUGGCCUUCCAAAGCACUUACUAGAGGUAAAUUCUUUAAAACACCUAACAAGACUGACCUUACAGGAUCGAAUUACCAAGUCUCUUCUUCAUUUGCACAAGAAGAAGAAACCUCCCAGCAUCAGUGCCCAGUUUCAGGCCUCAUUAAGCAAGCUGAUGGAGACGCUUGGUCAAGCAGAACCUUAUUUUGUAAAAUGCAUUCGCUCUAAUGCUGAAAAGCUGCCGUUAAGGUUCAAUGAUGCCUUGGUACUUAGACAGCUUCGGUACACUGGGAUGCUGGAGACAGUUCGGAUUCGCCAGUCAGGAUACAGCUGCAAAUAUUCUUUCCAGGAUUUUGUGAGCCACUUCCAUGUACUUCUUCCCCGAAAUAUUAUUCCGUCCAAAUUUAACAUUCAGGAUUUCUUCAGGAAAAUAAAUCUUAAUCCAGAUAAUUAUCAAGUUGGAAAAUCCAUGGUGUUCCUAAAGGAGCAGGAACGACAGCACCUGCAAGAUCUGCUUCACCAAGAGGUGCUCCGUAGAAUCAUAGUGUUACAGCGAUGGUUCAGGGCCUUGCUGUGUAGGCAGCGUUUUCUCCAUCUGAGACAGGCAUCCAUUAUUAUCCAGCGAUUCUGGAGAAAUUACCUAAAUCAGAAGCAAGUCAGAGAUGCAGCUGUACAGAAGGAUGCUGUAGUUAUGGCUAGUGCAGCCACUCUUAUCCAAGCUUCCUGGCGUGCUCACUUAGAGAGGCAGCGGUAUUUGGAGCUACGGACUGCAGCUGUCAUCAUCCAGCAGAGAUGGAGGGAGCUCUAUAGGCGGAGGCACAUGGCUGCCAUCUGCAUACAGGCAAGAUGGAAAGGCUACAGGGAAAGUAAGAGGUAUCAAGAACAAAGAAACAAAAUUAUCCUUUUGCAGUCAAUAUGUAGAGGAUUCAGAGCAAGACAAAGAUUUAAAGCUUUAAGAGAACGAAGACUAAAAGAAACAAGACUAGAACUUGGAUCAUCAAGUAUUGAGCCAUAUGGAGCUCUGGAAAUUCAGGGUUCAGACCCUUCAGAAUGGGAAGAUCGUUCCUUUGACAACAGAGUAAAAGCCAUAGAGGAAGGUAAAUCUGUGAUAGAGAGUAAUCGAAUUAGCCAUGAAAGUUCAAUGGACUACUUGAAGGAGUCCCCAAACAAGCGACAGGAGAGAGCCAGAAGCCAAAGUGGUGUGGACUUGCAGGAAGAUGUGAUUGUAAGAGAGAGACCCAAGUCCUUGGAAGAUCUCCACCAGAAAAAAGUAGGUCGAGCUAAAAGAGAAAGUCGGAGAAUGAGAGAACUCGAGCAAGCUAUAUUUAGUUUAGAGUUACUGAAAGUUCGUUCUCUUGGUGGUAUGUCUCCUUCAGAGGAACGAAGAUGGUCUACAGAACUGAUGCCUGAGGGCUUUCAGUCUCUGCAGGGUACACCUGAUAGUGGAAGCUCUCAAGGAAGCUUGGAACUUCUGAGCUGUGAAGAAAGCCAAAAGAGCAAACUAGAGCCCAUAAUUUUAGAUGAAGGAGAUUUUCAGAUUCCAUCACCUAAAAGAUCUAGCAGUCCAAAAUUUGAAUCACAAGACAAUGCCCUCAGUGCCUCAAGUGAGACUAACUAUACGUUGAUUCAAAAGGGGGCACCCUCUGACUCAGUGCAUUUGAAGAAUGGGACAGUCAAGGAAAAACUAGGUUGCGGUUCUGAACCUAUUACCUGUAAGCCGCAACUGAGAGACUCCUUUAUUUCAAAUAGUCUGCCUACAUUUUUUUAUAUUCCCCCACAAGACCCACUGAAAACAAUUUCCCAACUAGACACAAGUAUCCAGAGAAACAAACUAUUGGAAAGUGAAGAAACACUUCCAGCUCUUACUUUGGAUAUCAGUAGGGAAGCCAGAAAGUACCACUUCUCAGAAGCAAACCAAGUUGUUGCUUAUUUGAAUACAGAUUCUUCUAAUACUGUGCUUAAGAAGUUAGAAAAGCUAAACACAGAGAAGGAAGAAAGGCAAAAGCAGUUGCAGCAGCAGAAUGAAAAAGAAAUGAUGGAACAGAUUCGCCAGCAAACAGAUAUUUUAGAGAAGGAGCGUAAAGCCUUCAAGACAAUUGAAAAGCCAAGAAUUGGAGAGUGUUCUCUGGCACCAUCUUUCCAUCAAUCAAAGCGAAGAAUAGAGAGGCCAUCCUCUCUCCUCAUCCUGAAUACCCCAAAUAAGGAAGAACCCAGUGUACUAGGGCCUCUAUCAGUAUCUGUGAAAGAUGCAGCUCUUGCCCCAAAAGACAGUCCCUCUGCUCACUUACCCCUGAAGGACCCACAUGUCACCCUGUUCUUUGAAAGAAAAGGAGGCCCAUGCCAGUCUAGUACUGUCAAGGAGUUAUCCAAGACAGACAGAAUGUCCACCCAGCAAAAUAUAGCCUGUAAACUCUCUAAUAAUCGCAUCUCAAAAAGAGAACACCUUAGGCCUACUCAGUAUUAUAGCCACAAAUCUGAUGACCCUUCUGGAGAUGGAGCUACUAGGGCCAUAUUCUUCACGCCAAAGGACAAUAUGAGUACUUCCCUUGUCAACAAGGAAGCCUUAAACAGUGGAAAUCCUCAACUCCAUAAACAAGAUGAACCAGCUUGGAAACCUGUGAAGUUAACUGGGCCGGGCCAAAGAGAGCAGGUUGCCAGACCGGCCCAUAAAAAGAAAGCUCGAAUGGCGCGGACGCGCUCCGAUUUCUUGACUAGAGGUACUUUUGCCGAUGGGGAGGGGGAUACAGAGGAAGAUGAUUACGAUGACAUUAUUGAGCCCCUUCUCUCCCUUGACCAAGCUUCUCACUCUGAGCUAGGGCCUACACCCAGCCUGGGUCAGGCCUCUCACAGUGACUCCGAAAUGACAUCACAGCGAUUUUCUUUGGUUGAUGAAGAAGCAAAGCUUCAUAAGACUAUGUCUCAAGGGGAGAUUGCAAAGUUGGCAGUGAGACAGAAGGCUUCAGAUUUGGAUAUAAGACCUCAGAGAGCUAAGAUGAGAUUCUGGGCCAAAGGGAAACAAGGGGAGAAGAAGACUACUAGAGUGAAACCUGCCACCCAGUCGGAGGUUUUGGCACUCUUUGCUGGCUCAGAGAUGAUUCCAGCUCAUCAGUUUCCAGAGGAAUUAGCUCAGUAUCACCCAACCCCUCCUUUGAGUCCAGAAUUGCCUGGAAGUUGCCGGAAAGAGUUCAAAGAGAAUAAAGAGCCUUCUCCAAAGGCAAAGCGCAAGCGAAGCGUGAAGAUCAGCAGCGUGGCUUUGGAGUCUAUGCAAUGGCAAAAUGACUCUGUUCAGAUCAUAGCAAGUGCCAGUGAUUUAAAAAGCAUGGAUGAGUUUCUUCUGAAAAAGAUGAAUGACCUAGAUAAUGAAGACAGCAAGAAAGACACACUAGUAGAUGUUGUGUUUAAAAAAGCCCUAAAAGAAUUUCGGCAGAAUAUCUUCAGCUUUUAUUCAUCUGCGUUGGCGAUAGAUGAUGGGAAAAGCAUACGGUAUAAAGAUCUCUACGCACUAUUUGAACAGAUUCUGGAAAAGACCAUGAGGCUUGAGCAGCGUGAUUGGAAUGAAUCUCCAGUCAGAGUUUGGGUCAACACUUUUAAAGUGUUUUUAGAUGAAUAUAUGAAUGAAUUCAAGACUUUGGAUUGUAUACCCACAAAGGUGCCAAAAACAGAAAGAAAGAAAAGAAGGAAAAAAGAAACUGAUUUAGUGGAAGAGCACAAUGGUCACAUCUUUAAGGCCACCCAAUAUAGCAUCCCUACAUACUGUGAGUACUGUUCUUCUUUGAUAUGGAUAAUGGACCGAGCCUCUGUUUGCAAAUUAUGCAAGUAUGCUUGCCAUAAGAAGUGCUGUCUGAAAACCACAGCCAAGUGCUCUAAAAAGUAUGAUCCAGAGCUAUCAUCUCGACAGUUUGGGGUUGAACUGUCUCGUUUGACCAGUGAAGACCGAACUGUUCCUUUAGUGGUGGAAAAGCUCAUAAACUACAUUGAAAUGCAUGGACUGUACACAGAAGGUAUUUACCGAAAGUCUGGUUCAACUAAUAAAAUCAAGGAGCUUCGUCAAGGUCUAGAUACAGAUGCUGAGAGCGUAAACCUAGAUGACUAUAACAUACAUGUCAUUGCAAGUGUAUUCAAACAAUGGCUUCGGGAUUUGCCCAAUCCACUCAUGACCUUUGAACUCUAUGAGGAAUUUCUUCGAGCUAUGGGCCUUCAGGAGAGGAAAGAGACAAUCCGUGGUGUAUACUCUGUGAUUGACCAGCUCUCCCGAACUCAUCUCAAUACACUGGAACGCCUCAUCUUUCAUUUAGUCAGGAUUGCUCUACAGGAAGAUAGUAAUCGAAUGUCUGCUAAUGCUUUAGCCAUUGUGUUUGCGCCCUGCAUUCUCCGCUGCCCUGACACCAUUGACCCGCUACAAAGUGUGCAGGACAUCAGUAAGACUACCACCUGUGUGGAGCUAAUUGUUGUGGAACAAAUGAAUAAAUAUAAGGCUCGUCUCAAAGACAUCAGUAGCCUGGAAUUUGCUGAGAAUAAGGCAAAGACCAGGCUAUCACUGAUUCGUAGAUCAAUGGGAAAGGGGCGUCUUCAUCGAGGAAACUAUCCAAGUCCAUCCUCUCCUGUUGUAGUCCGAUUGCCCUCCAUGUCUGAUGUCCCAGAAGAGACCUUGACUAGUGAGGCAGUCUUGGAGACUGACAUCACAGAGCAGCAGCAAGCGGCUAUGCAGCAGGAAGAGAGAGUACUGACUGAGCAGAUUGAGAACCUACAGAAAGAGAAAGAGGAGCUAACAUUUGAGAUGCUUGUACUGGAACCACGUGCCUCUGAUGAUGAAACCCUUGAGUCUGAGGCCUCUAUUGGAACUGCCGAUAGCUCAGAAAAUUUGAAUAUUGAGUCUGAAGGUGCCAUUUCUGAAAAAUCAGAGAGAAGCUUAGCCCUUAGUUCUCUGAAGGCAGCGGGCAAGUCUGAACCUUCAGGCAAGUUGCGAAAACAGCUAAAAAAGCAGCAGGACUCUUUGGAUUCAGUGGACUCUUCAGUCUCUUCUUUAUGUUCGUCUAACACUGCAUCCUCCCAUGGGACCAGAAAACGAUUUCAAAUUUAUUCCAAAUCUCCAUUCUACCGAGCUGCCUCAGCUGGUGAGGCCCCAGGAAUGGAAGGGCUGUUGGGCCAGACCAAAUCCCUGGAAGACAGGCCUCAAUUCAUCAGCAGAGGAACCUUCAACCCUGAAAAGGGCAAACAAAAAUUAAAGAAUGUGAAAAACUCACCUCAGAAAACCAAAGAGACCUCAGAGGGGACAGUCGUGUCUGGCCGCAGGAGAACUGUGGACCCAGACUGCAGUUCCACCCAACAGCUAGCUCUCUUUGGAAAUAAUGAGUUUAUGGUCUGAACUAGCAGGUGUGUGUCCCUGCAUGGCUACAGAGUGGUAAACACAUCUCGUCUUUGGGGCGUCUUCUCAUCACCUCAUCCGCAGUAGUCCAUCCUAAUUGUGGUCCUGCCUCUUACCCAAGCAUACAACCAAGACCAUGUGUGCUGAAUUCCUGGGCCUCCUGCAGAAGUGGACAGGCCUCUUUGAAGCCUGCUUGGGAUGGCGCCAGCUGUGCCUUGGCUGCUGUAUUUGACUAGAGAUUUCACUAAACAAAGCCACCUAGGACCUGGGGAUCUGGGUCAGUUGUGGAGGUCUUUGUAGUCGCCUCUCCUCCAUCCUCUUUUCCCUUCUUAGAGGUGGAUGUUGAACUAGGGGGGACAUUGUGGGCCUGCAGGACCCACUGAUUUCUGGCAUUUGAAGAAAACAUGUAAAUCUUUCUUAACCAUGAAAGCAAAAGCCUUUGGGUUUAUUUGGGGAUAGUUAGGAACUGAGGUAGAAUAUAAUUUUUUCCGAGGAUUUAUAAACAAAAAGCCUAAGCCCUCUAUUUUAAGAUUUUUGAAAAACACUCCGUAUUAUAUUCUGGGGAAAGUAAAAAAGCAGUUGUUUCCCUUAAGCCAUCAGAGCAUGUCUCAGACAUCUGGUUACUCAAUGAAGAAGAGAGUACAUAUUUUGUUUUUUGAUGAUGUUUAAUGUCAUAAUAAUCAAUGCUGGUUUAACUCCUGGUUAGUUCCUGCCAAAUAUAUUGCAUGGGCUGAAGUUUCAGUAGCCAUACUCUUCUCUUUUUCCCUGGUCCUAGGACCAGGUUCCUCUAAAUUUUUUUAAAUGUCCCAGAGACAUGGUGAUCCCUAAACAUGAGGGUUUCAUCCUAAUCCAUCCAGGCCUUUCUCUUGGUAUAAAUUAAACUGAAGAUCACAUAUGAACCUGUUUAUCUGCUGGUGGAUUUUCACCAUGAACUCAAACAAAUAAUGUGACCAUUUAAUCACUUCUCCCAAAACAUUCACACACAACAUUGCAUAAGUGUUACAGAAACCUGCCAAAAAAUAAAAAGAGAAAAGUUUUUAAUAUGACGCAUCUAACUUUUAUCUUCUCCUCAGACUAUCAGUAUUAAAUAGAUGAAAAAAAAAUCGAGGACUACUUGAAGCUAUUUUUGUUAAUAUUCUGGUUCCUGAAGUUUACUGUAAAUAUUUAUGUAUAGUAGGCAUAUUUCUUUUUAACCUUAUGCUUCCCUCCUCCCCAUGGAAUCUCUUCCCACAGAUUAGGAGCUAUUGGACAGGGUGGGUGAGAGCCACUCAUUCCCUGAUUUGGAGGAAAAGUCAGACCACCUUUUUCACCACUGGGUGUCUCCAUACCCCUGAGUUAGAAUAGCAUUUUAAGCUUCUUAGCAUUUGUGGGAUUAGAAACCUGUUUUUGCUAUUUAUAAUAUAUGGAAAAUGAAACAUGAUACCCUUUAUUGAGAUAAGUAUGUGAAGAUGUUUAUUUUUAAUGUUACUAAAUGCAUCUUGUCUAACUACCACAUGCACUGUUCUAAAAAAGAGCCUUUACCAUCUGUAACCUGAAUUUUGGUUAUUCUUCCUUUUCAUACUUCUUUGAUUUAAAGUUAUGGAAAUAUUAAGACUUUUGUUAAGGCAGAAUCUCUCCUGUUACACAACACUGAACCUCAUGCCACUGCCUCAGUGGUUAUUGUCGAGCCCCAGAGGUCAGACUUGGAACAUCAUUCUGAGUGGCAGCUAAACGUAGCAGGAGUCUUACCUCUCCCUGGUUUGGGUUCAGAAAUGAGUUAGGGAAAGGAAUCUUUUUAAAUCUCCAGAAUGAUGAUGGUUAGUGAGUAAAUGUUAGAUUUUAUAUCCUGCAAACAUCUGCCACCUUGUUCAUGCUGUUCUCAGGAGUAAUAAAUGUAAAGCCUUUAAAAAUCUGAAUUUCAGAGACUCUCCUAGAGGAAAGUCCAGCCGCUCAGCAUGGUUGUGUCAAAGUGGGAUUGCUGGUGCUGCAGGGCCCCAUGCUAGGCUGCACAGUCUGUUUCAGUAUUCUUGGGAGAGUAGUCUUCUGCUAGGCGUUGACUACUACUCUCCACUUGCUCCAGAACAUUGGUUAAAUACUAUACAAAAAAAGAAAUUACCCUUGUUGAAUAAUUUUCUUUGGCUCAGAGGAAUGGCGGAGAAUACAUCUUGACAUAUGUUCUCUCUUCUAAAUCGUUGUUUGCUUUUUUGCAAAUUAAGUUUUUGGCAGUCAUGUAGGUCACCUUAUAGGAACUAGGUGAUGGAUGUUAAGAGACUUUAAUUUUUCUCAGGGAUCUGAAACCUGAAUUUGGAUAAAAUUAAAUAAAAAGUAUUUGUUUUUCAGUUGCUAGAUUUGUGGAUUUCUGGUCAUUUAACAAGCUGCCAGAAUGGAAGGUGGUGAGGAGGAGAGAUCCACUCAAUUUUAAGAAUGGAAAGCAAGUGUGGGACCCUCCCUUUGAAGGAAAGAAAGCUGCUGUUCUCAUAGGAUAACAGUCAUUGUUGGCCUGAUAAAGAUAUGAAGCCAUAACUCUUAAAAACUGUCAGAACCAAGUGCUGUAUCUCCUUCCACCUGAGCUUAACUGGUCCUCUCUGUGGUUAAAGUUAUGUCACCACAAAGUAAUGCUGUAUUACAAUCACUUAUGAUUAAGAUAUUUAACCUUAAUAUGUGUCAAGUUUGUGUUUCUUGUUGCUUCUCCUUUGCUUGUUUUCUUUGAUCUCAAAUGCCUCCAAGGAAAUCCCUGCAUGGCAGCGCUGGGACAGCCCCACGUGUGGUGCCUGUACUCCAAAAUGCAGAACAUUCUGUUCAUAUCACACAUUCCUUGCCCCAAACAAAGCCUGGAUUUUCACUUCCCCCCAUUAAAGCCAAGGUGUCCCUUAUCAUGGAAAAUUUAAUGGAAGCAGAGAAGUGUAAUUUUAGGUUCACACUGUAUAUCACAAAGUGAAACAGACUGCUUUAACAGCAUAGGGAGGUGACAUGCUUAGUUCAUAAUGCACUUUGUACUUCCUACCAUUUUAAUUUUUUUGUCCCUCUCGGCUUCUGAAAACACAAAGGGAGAUACAGCCUUCCCAGUAUGAGCCUUGCAAACACAGAGGGGCAUGAGAUCAGGAGAUGGGAUCCCAGAGCCCCCACCUUCUCAUGCUUUGGAAACCAGCUAUAGUUCUUACCCUGCUGGGAGGUUAGUGGAGAUUUCUGUGUCCCAUCACAAUAGGGUUGUUUUCACUGUCAAAGACAGAGUCCCAGAAGCGUGCUGAAAAGGAAGUCCAGCAAGGUUCUGCAGGCCCACUUCAGUAACUGGGGGCCAUGGUUUUUUGACUGUAACUAAGGAAUGUGUACCUUACAGAGCACUUUGGUGAACUAGAGAGAAGAAAGUAUUCUCAGGAUGUGUUCAAAGCUAAGUGAGUUUUAAUUUUGAAAAGAAACACAGUCCAGACGGCCUUUCCUUUUCCUUCUCUCUCUCCUCUUUUUUUUCCUUUGGUGCAGAAGUGGACAUGGGGCGUGCAUCAUUCUGUGUUGACAAAUGUGUAUGUCUACCCAUAUUUUUGUGACAACUCCUCAGCACUGUCCCCCAGUACUAGUCUUCCUAGUCUUCCUAGUAAAAUUCCUUGGUACUUGUGGGAAUCUUCUUUCUAUGCCUCUAAAAUACUUUUAACCACUUUUCUUUGGAACCACUUCCACAUUUGAUUUGGUGUUAAAGUGUAACAGCAAGAUGAUGAUUGUGGACAUGGAUCUAUUAGGUCUUGUUGGUCUCUUGGUUUAAAUUGUUUUCAAAAAGCCUGCCAAGGGGCCUAUCACCUUGCUGUCCAUCCAUACUUUAUACCUAUUUAUCAGCCCUCUUAGGUCAUAUAAGAGUUGCACCUUUUGAACCAACUAAUUGUAUUUACUGGGGGAAAGGUGUGGACUACAGAUUAGUAUUAUAUUAUUUUAAUGGAUUUAAAGUAAUUUAUAAGUAUGCCAAGUGUAAAUUUUUAAAAGACUAUGUAUUGUAAAAGGACAUAUCCUGUGAAAUAUAAAUAUCAUUUUACUGUUUAACAGAAUAAUUCUAUAAGAAGGAUGAUUUAUCUCACCCAGAGAACUGAUUACAUUCCUGAUGCAAUCAGCAGGCACUUUGUAAUUUCCUUUUGGGUCUUUUUUUUGGAGGGGGAGAGCAAAACAUCAUCUGUAUAAAGUGCAGUUUGUAUCACUCAAAAUAUGCACUGUGCGGCUACACAAAAGCAGCUUGAUGAACAAAUCACUCCAUGGCUCAUUAAAGAACAAAGCUUCCAGAAGCA